GUGAGCUGUCUGUUCAUUUGCGGCAGCAGGCUACGUAUGUAGAGGCCGGCGUAAAAGGAUGGCCAUUCCGCUGAGUGCCGUGCCGCUGCGGUAGUACGUGUCAUCAGGAUUUCAGCGUCAGCGCUAAUGGCUGAGUGCUCAAGGAGCUCCGAAGGUGAUUAGAUUUUGCUGCCUGCCUGGCCCCCUGGAUUAUGGUCGUAUCGAUGAACGUCGCCAAGCUUAGGAAUCGGUGCCAUGGGGAAUAGGUGCGGCUGCGUCAGGGAGCAGAAGGAAGAACUGGUCGUUGAUCCGAGCAAAGCGCCGCUGGACUUUGAUCCAGCAAAGGAUAAGGACUCCUCCAACAGGAAGAGGUGGAAAAAAUGGAGCAAAAGGCAAGCAUCGUCUGUAAAGUCACAGUUGUCGCAAGACCUCGACCCGCAUGCGAGAGAAGCCGAGACCCCGACGCAAGCUUUUCAUCCAUGGCAGGUCGGUGACGUUAGCAACAGAAGCAUUUUGCCGGCAGAAAAUAUCGACCAUGUUGACAUGGGGAUGUUAAAAAAUCCAAUUGUCUACCCUGCUGAACGUGAGCUCGCUGGAUAUGGACGUGAGGCUGAGGCUAGCAAGAAGACACAACCUAUGAGCGGGAGAGAUAAUAGUCAUCUGGAAAACUGUUCAAGUAAUAAUUGUGUGAUUGAGCCCACUGGUGGUUCAGAACUGUGCAGGCAAGAGAAGUUGAAACCAGAUUCUGUGUCGACCGACCGUGGCUCAGCGGAGCACGUUAAUAAUAGAUUUACUACACACGAGAGCGGCUCGCCAUCGUUUCAACAAGAUAAUGAAGACGACCGCAAAAGACCAGCUUCGUCAAGUGUGUUGGCCAGUUCCAGUAGCGAAGACAAAGUUGACAGCAAUGCGCCUGGAUUGUUUAGAUCUGGAUCUGCCGUCUUCGAGCAGCCAGUCACAGAUGGGUUGGCAACAGAUAAGAGGGCAACUGUGUUGGUCAGCCACGAGCAUGUCUCAUCGGAGCUUGUGGAUAAUAUCAGCGGUGAUGCAUCAGAUCUGGGGGAGGAUAACAAUCCUGCUUCCGCUGAUUUUGAGAGGCAUUUGACGUUUAGCUGCGAUGAAGUUCUACACAUUAAUGAGGACAGUUUGCAAGAUGACGACACGGUUGGCGAUCUUCCCAGCGCUGUGGCUGGCUGGGCAAGAGGUCAAAGGGUUGAUGAUAAGGCACGUCCACGUGAAGAAGGAGCUCUUAAGCCAGUUAAUUCCCCAUCUGUUGUUGGGAAACCAGCCUCGGGAAUUAAUGACUCGGACCAUGGUGGUGAAGUAUGUCAAAGACACAUUCAUCAGAGCGACAUAAUUAAGGCUGUUCACAGGCAAGAGAUCUCGGAGAUCCAGGUGACGGGACAGUCGGAGGACAUGUCAGCCAAGGAGAAGCUGCUGCUGUGGUCCCAGCGCAUGGUGGAGGUCUACCCUGCCGCCUCAUGCCAGAACUUCUCAACUGCUUGGCGGGAUGGACACCUCUUCAACGCCAUCAUCCAUCGACACCGGCCGGAUCUUGUGGACAUGGAAAAAGUCAACAUCCAGAGCAACAGGGAAAAUCUGGCGCAAGCGUUUGCCCUUGCAGAAAAGGAACUCGGGGUCACAAGUCUACUGGACCCUGAAGACAUUGAUGUUGUAUCUCCGGAUGAAAAGUCCAUCAUCACGUACGUGUCUUCGCUGUACGACGCAAUGCCUGUUGUCCCUGACGUGUUCAAUGGAAUCAGUGCGGAUGAGGCCGAUCUGAAGUGGUCGGAGUACCAGGAGAUGGUGAAGUCGCUGCUGCUUUGGAUUUCACGACAGAUUGAGAUUAUGGAGGACAGAACAUUCCCUGACGACUUGGAACAGUUGAAUGCACUUUAUGCCCAAUUCACCCACUUGAAAAACACCGAGUUCACGACGAGGCUGUCGGAGAAGCACAGAAUCCACGAGCUCUACAAGACGCUGGAGGGCUGGUUUCAGUCAGGUCGAAUCAAGCUGCCCGAGAAGAACCAUCCCAACGAUGUGGAGCGGGAGUGGAGCAGGCUCUUUAAAGCCAUGGGCGAGCGGGAGACCACUCUUCGAUUUGAAAUAGCGAGGCUCGAGGCGCUGCAAAGGUUGGCGAGGACAGCGGAGAUGGACACGAGCCAGUGCGGUGACCUCCUGGCCAAAGCGUCGUCGGCCCUGCAGGCCGACUCGAAUCGAAUUUCUUCCGGGCAGCAACCACAGAGCAUGGCUGAGAUUGCACAGUAUUUAACGGAAACUGAAGUGAAGAUCAGCAAACUCUUUGUGGACAUCCAGAGUCUCAGAGAAGCAAAAUAUCUCCACUCGGAGCAGCUCUACUCCAGGGUCCUGCAGCUGCACGAGCAGUUGACGAGCAUGCGCGCCGAGCAGGGCAAGCUCCUGGGCAGGGUGCAGCAGCUGCUGGAGGACAAGGCAAGGGACGCGGCCGCCUCGAGGGCGGCGGACGCAGAGCGCGUGCGGACCGAGGACGACUCCAACUUGAAGUAUGCUCAUGAGCUGCUCGCCUGGGUGGAGCACAGCCAGUUACAAAUCGACUCGGGUGACUGGGGCUCCGAUCUUCCUUCUGUCGAGGCGAAUAUGGAAAGCCACAAAACUCUACACAGAUCCAUCGAGGACUUCAGGUCAAGUGUGGAAGAAGCCAUGGCCAACAAGAGCAAGUUGUCAUCGACUGUGAAGGCCGAGUACGUUGGGCUUGUGAACAGCCUGGAGAUAAAGUACACGAAACUCAUGAACGCGUCACGGAGCAGAGGGAGGCACCUGGACAGCUUGCACAGCUUCAUCACACGCGCCACCAAGGAGCUCAUCUGGCUGAACCAGAAGGAGGAAGACGAGGUGUCCUAUGACUGGAGCGAGAAGAACAGCAGCACUGCCGUGAAGAAGGAGGCCUACGGUGAAUUUAUGCGAGAGCUCGAGGAAAGGGAAUCGAACAUAAAGAGUAUCCAGGAGAGUGGCGAGCAACUCCUGGCUGAUGCCCACCCUGGCAAGCAGUCGAUUCAGGCCUACAUUGCAGCCAUGCAAACGCAGUGGAACUGGGUCCUCCAGCUGUGCUCUUGCGUAGAGACUCACCUGGCCGAGAACACCGCCUAUUUCCAGUUCUUUCAAGAUGCCAAGGAGGUGGAACAGCAGCUGAACAACCUUCAGGACACCAUCUGGAGGAAGUACAAAUGCGACAAGUCGACAAGUUUGACCCGCCUAGAGAAUCUCCUGCAGGACGCGAUCGAGGAAAAGGAGCAGCUCUCAAGCUACAAGAGCCGCGUGAACAACCUUGCGAGCAGAGCCAAGACUGUUGUGCAGCUCAAGCCCAGAAACCCGGACAGUUUCCUGCACGGCACCAUUCCCAUCAGGGCCAUCUGUGAUUACAAGCAGCUGGAGAUCACGCUGCACAAGAAUGCCGAGUGCGUCCUGGAGGACAACUCGCAGCGCUCCAGGUGGAAGGUGAUCAGCUCGAGCGGCAGCGAGGCCAUGGUGCCCUCCGUGUGCUUCUCCGUGCCGGCGCCAAACAGGGAGGCGAUCGACUUGGCCAGCAGACUUGAGCAGCUGUACCAUGACAUAGGGACGCUCUGGCACCAGCUGUACACCAAUAUGCAGAGCGUGCUUUCCUGGCACUACUUUGUGAGUGACAUCGACAUCAUCCGCUCUUGGAACACCAACAUGUUUCGCAACAUUUCUCCGGAGGAGCACGCCAACGUCAUGCAUGAUCUGACGGUGCAUUACGAGGAGUUCUUGAAAAACAGCCGGGAGUCCGAGGUCUUCACCCCGUCGGAACUCUCUCAGCUGGAGCGCGACUUCAACUUCUGCCGACAGCACUACGAGGAACUGCUUCUGACGGUCGAAAAAGAGGACCAGGACGAGACUGCGUGUCGCAGUCUGAUUGCCGAACUGCAGGGCGUGCAGCAACGCUUGGAUAGCUGCGAGGAGCGCAUGGUCCGCAUGAUCCGCACCCCCUUGGACCAGGAUGCCCUGCAGGACAAUGCCAACCGCAUCUCCGAGCAGGAGCGCUUGCACGGAGACGUGGAGGAGGUGAAGGCCGGGCUGCAGCGCACGAGCGCGAGCUGCGAGUCCGUGCUCGGUCAGAGCGUGGCCGUGCCGAGCCAGACCCAGCUCCGCUCCGAGCACGCGGUCACCCUGCAGAGGAUGGACCAAGUCUACUGCCUCUCCUCCGUCUACCUGGAAAAGCUGAAGACUGUGGAUUUGGUGAUAAAGUCUGUGCAAGAUGCAGAAGUUCUCGUGAAGACGUUUGAGACCAGGCUAUGCGAGGAAGAAAGAGUUCCAACUGACCCACAGGAAAUACAGCGCUAUAAAACCAUUCUCAAGCAAUGGCGCACCGAGGUGGACCAGCAGCAGGACCUGUUCCACUCGCUGGAGGACGAGGUGCAGAGGGCGCGCGCCGUCAACGAGCGCAUGUUCCGCGCCCACAGCGAGCGCGGCCCGGACGUCGAUCGCUUCAAGGAGAGGGCGGAUCAGCUGUGCGAGCGCUGGCACGGCGUCCACAGCCAGAUCGACGCCAGAGCGCGGGAGCUGGAGGGCCUGCAGAAGCAGCUCGGCUACUACACGGAGACGUACGUGUGGCUGGACAGCUUUGUGCAAGAAGCCACGGGGCUCCAGGAAAGUCUCCAGUCCGCCAAGGCCACCGACAGCCGCAGCCUGACUGAACAGCUCCACCAGCAGCAGAAUUUGGUUGUGGAGUUGGAAAAGAACCUUCCCAAGCUGAACGAGUGCCAGGAAUACUCCAACCAGUUCUGCACUGGAGUCAAGGACUACGAGAUGCAGCUGAUGACCUACAGGGCCAUGGCGGAGAAGGCACCUGUGCGCAAGCGAAUGCUGCAGUCGUCUGCUGAUGUCACAGGGCAGCAGUUCAUGGAGCUGCGUAACCGUUACAGUAGCCAGAUUACUCUGGCUCGACAGAACGAGAAGUUCAUCGGCGACACGCUGCGGCGUGCCCGCGACGACGAGACGUCCCUGGAACAGUCCAGAGAAGGUCACCUGUCAAAGGUGGACGAGCUUCUCUCGUGGGUGUCGGGCAUCGGCGAGAAUCUCCAGAGCAGACGAGCGCAGUCCAGUGGCCUCAGUCCCAGCUCUGAGCUGCUGGACCAGAGCUGCAAUGAGCAGCAGAGUUUGGUUGACCAGCUGUCCUCCCAGAAGGAUGCUGUUGCUGAGGCCAUUCGACAGACGGAGCUGUUUUUGGCUCAAAACGGCAGCAAGCUAUCGGAAGAACAGAAGGCCGAAAUUCAGGCCAAGCUUGACAACCUCAAGCAAACCUACCAGCAGCUGUGCGAGCAGUCGGCAGAGGAGUUGCAACAGCUGCACAAGGAAGCGCAGCGCAAGGGUAAUGUGGCAAUUGCCGGAAUAAUUAACCAAGGCACGUCAGAAGUCUUCUCAAUAUAUCAUGCGGUCAAGAAAGGGCUCCUUGAUCACGAGACUGGCCUGACACUGUUAGAAACGCAAGUUAUUUUGAGUGGUUUGGUCGAUCCACGUGCAAACCAGGUGAUCUCACUGAAAGAGGCCUUGCACAGGGGGCUCAUUGAUGACCACAUUCACGGUCGUUUAGAAAUUAUUCAGCUCCAUCGACAAGCGGUCAGUGCCAUUCCACUUGACCGUAUACAUCAUCUGCCCGUCGUAACAGCUGUGGACACAGGACAGAUCCCAGAAGCCAUUGGGGUGAAGAUUCUAGAAGCACAGCUUGCAACAGGAGGAUUAAUUCACAAGGAUUUCACCGAUGACCUGUCACUGGAGAAGGCAUCCCAGCUGAACUUAAUAACACCACAGUUCCUCUCCAAGCUGCUGGAGAGGAACAAGACCUGCCAGAGCCUACUCGAUCCCAAUUCACUCGAGAAAGUGUCUCUCUCGGAGCUGUUGCAGCGAUGUAUUUACCAUGAGGAAACUGGCCAAAAGCUUUUGCCUGUCGGGCAGACGACAGCAGGAAUUAUUUGCCUAAAGUCUGGUAGAAAGGUCAGUGUACUCAGGGCAGUUCACGAAGGGCUUAUCGACAGGCACGUGAUGCUUCGUCUUUUGGAAUGCCAGCUUUUCGCAGGGGGCAUUGUUGAUCCUAGGACAGGGCGCAGGAUGACUGCAGAAGAAGCUGUGAACCAUAACCUUAUCGACCACGAGACGAUGUCCUCACUGCUAGUGCAGCAAGUCAUGUCUGGCGGAAUUGUGGAUCCCUCCUGUGGUCAGAGACUCUCUGUGGAUGAAGCUGUGGCUCAAAACAUAAUCUCUCCAACAAGUGCCCUGGUUGUUUUGGAAUCUCUGCAGGCAUUCAGAGGUCUCAUUUGGGUGGAGUCUGGGGAGCUGAUGCCAGUCUCAACUGCACUACAUCAGGAUGCUAUUAGUACGGACACAGCACUGAAGGUUUUGGAAAACCGCCAUUAUGUGGCUGGGCUUUAUGUACCUGAGGCUGGCGGAGUGUUGUCGAUAAAGGAGUCUGCCAAAAGAUCUGUGCUGGACAUUGCGAUUAGUGAUAGCCUGAAGGGGAUCCUUGUGCCAGAUGAAAAUCCAUUCCUCAAGCAGCAGCCCUGUCAAAUUCAGCAAGAUGCUUCUGUAGGAGAUGCAGAGGAACAUGGCAGUGAAGUGGAUGAAGAACAUCUUCUGCUUAAAUACGUUCUGGAUCACAGUUACAUGGACACUAAAACAGGGCACAGGCUAAUAGUGAUGGAUGCUGGCGUUACAUGCCUGACCAGAGGGGUAAUCGAAGGAAGCCACGUAGAGAUGGACAUUAACGAACAAACGUUUUCUGAUGAGAACCUAGCUCGUGAAGAGAACAGGGUGACUGAAUUACUGCCGUGUGAGAAAGAAAGUAAUAAAGGGGAAAUGCCACGGAUAUCAAGUGAUGCGCAAGAUUUUACAUUAAGCACUGAUGUUGAUAGCCAGCAGCAUGGAUCUGCAGAUGAGAUGGGUGACAUGAAGGUGAUUGAAAUGUGUGCUUCCCUUACAAAAGCACUUUCAGAUGUUGGCAACAUAGACUUGUGCAUGAAAGAAAAAGAGGAGAGCACUGCACUGACUGAAAAAGAAGCAUCUGCACUGAGUAAAGAUUCGGGCUACAGGUCCGUGGACGCAACCGAAGACAACACAAUUCUUGAGAAUGUUCUGUCACUGUCUGAUGAGGCCAUCUUCAAUGAAGAAAAACAUCUGGAGGAAAUGCCAUUGGAAGGAGCUGAAGGUAAUCGCAAACGCUCCGAGACAGAUGGAAACCUGACCCCUAUGCAAAACAUUGAAAGUGCCUUUGAUCAAAACAGGGCAGAUCACGAUCGUGGUGUAGUGAGUGAAGUGGAUGUAGCAGGUGGUGAAGUGUACGUUCCAAAGAUGCACGUUGAUGCCGAGAAAGAUAAGACGCAGCGUAUCGAUUUGCAAAAUGUAGGUUGUAGCCCGAACGCAGAGGACGUCGAGCGGAAGUUGAAAGAGCACUCCGAUGAAGAUGAGCGAGAGGAGAAUGUCCCGAGAGAUGAUUGCUUGGUUGAAAAAGAAACAUUUCAUGAUGUAGGGCAACUUGCUGAAACUGCUGUCGUGGUUUCUGAAGAUGGAGCACGGCAGUCAAAAGAUGUGCGGGUUUCCAAUAUUGAUGAAGCGGAAGCGUUGCAGAAGCCUGUGGGCCUACAUAUUAAACAAGAAAAGAUGCCUUUUGAACCUCCUGAGUUAACUAAGUCAAAAAAUAUAAAUAGUGAGUUACUAAAACAUACUGAUGAUGAUGAUGAGAAGGAGUAUAUCACUCAUGAUAUAAAGGAAACUACCUCGGAGGAAAUAGGAAAUGUGUUGGACCUUGAGGAUAUUUUUCAAAGCGUUGUUGAAUGCUCGGACACUGAUGAAAUGAGCCAGGAUGGAGAGAGCCUCCAUAUGAUCAGUCAUCCCUUACGGGAGCCAGAGAUUGCCUCAAAUGUUUUUGAUGAUCAAACCGAACCAAAUGACAAUAUUAGCUCCAAUUUAGCUACAGACAAAUGGCACGGAGAGACAACAGCCAACAUAUUACAAGCCCACACCGAACAAACAGAAGCAAAUAAUGGCCAGAGUGCGAUGAAUUUCACCACGAAGGAUGAGUUGAACAACGUGGUGAAUCAAGAGCUGGUCAAAGAUGUAUCGGGAUUACAGAAAAUGAAAACGGCCGUUCCUUCAGAAGCAGAAUUAUUGUUAUCCGCUGACCAAAUGGUGAACGAUGAUACAAGAUUGUCUUCUGGUAGCGUUAGCUCAGAAAGUUGCCAGGAUGACAAACACGCCGUUGCCAUUUGCUCCGAAGCAAAGCCUGCUCCUGCACUGCCUGCUGUAGAGAUGGUCAAGAAGGUUGGUGAGGAGGUGAUGCUGCUUGAAAUUAAAGGUGAAGAAGAGGAAAGAGACACCGAUGCAAAGGUGACUGAGACAGAUGUUGUUACUGGAAAAUUCCAAACGGACAAUGUUGUAGGUCCGCACAAAGACGACGAUACACUAUUUAACUCUUCAGGAAAAUGUAAUCUUAAAGAUGAGACCGUAACUGUGAAAGCAGUUGAUGGUAGUCAUGUCAAAGGCUCAAUGACGCAUGUUGAAAAGGUUGAAAGUGAGGAUGUGAACAAUGAGUUUGGAACGUGUGUUCCUUUCGAGAAAGACAUUGCAGGUGUGCCGAGCGAACGGCCUGAUGGAGUUGUGGUUGAAGGAGCUUCAGGAGUGGUGGGUGAAUGUGAGAAGAGAGAGCAAAUGAAAGCAACGGAAACCACUGAGAACUAUUUGGAGGACACGCCCGUUCACGUGGUUGACAUUGAAGAGUUGGAACAGGAUCAAGAGCAACGCAGGCACGAGACGAGCGAACAUGAGGAAGGCGUUUCUCUAACUUGUGAAGUUGAGGAGCAGCGAGGAGGUGAUGAAUGCUCAGAUGAGCAACCUCUCACAGGAGAAGAGGUUUCCUUCCAUGAAGUUGUGAAACAUGAGCGACACGGUGUGAAAAGUACCGAUGAAGAAUGUCAAAAUAGGAACAAUAUUCAUUCUCCUGAAAUGGGUCAAGGCCAAGUCAGUGUAAAACCUGAUGAUGUUAAAGUGGUGUCUGAAACGGUUUCCACUGCUGAGGUAAAGCAAGGGCAAACGGGAGUACAGCAGACGCAUGAGGAUUCUCACACUGGGCAGGAUGUCUCUUCUGAUGCAAGCCAGCAAAAGAGAGACACAGAGAAACAUGAUCAUGAUUCUGAGAGUGUCAAAGAUGUCCCGUCUGAUGCAAGCCAGCAAGAGAGAGACACGGUAAAACAUGAAGAUGAUUCUGAGAGUGUAAAAGAUGUCCCUUCUGAUGCAAGCCAGCAAGAGAGAGACACAGUAAAACAUGAAGAUGAUUCUGAGAGUGUAAAAGAUGUCCCUUCUGAUGCAAGCCAGCAAGAGAGAGACACAGUAAAACAUGAAGAUGAUUCUGAGAGUGUAAAAGAUGUCCCUUCUGAUGCAAGUCAGCAAGAGAGAGACACAGCAAAACAGGAAGAUGUUUCUCAGAGUGUAAAAGAUGUCCCGUCUGAUGCAAGCCAGCAAGAGAGAGACACGGAGAAACAUGAAGAUGAUUCUGAGAGUGUAAAAGAUGUCCCUUCUGAUGCAAGCCAGCAAGAGAGAGACACGGCAAAACAGGAAGAUGAUUCUGAGAGUGUAAAAGAUGUCCCUUCGUCUGAUGCAAGCCAUCAAGAGAGAGACACGGCAAAACAGGAAGAUGAUUCUGAAAGUGUAAACGAUCUCCCUUCUGAUGCAAGCCAGCAAGAGAGAGACACGGCAAAACAUGAAGAUUAUUCUGAGAGUGUAAAAGAUGUCCCGUCUGAUGCAAGCCAGCAAGAGAGAGACACGGUAAAACAUGAAGAUGAUUCUGAGAGUGUAAAAGAUGUCCCAUCUGAUGCAAGUCAGCAAGAGAGAGAUACGGUGAAACAUGAAGAUGAUUCUGAAAGUGUAAAAGAUGUCCCGUCUGAUGCAAGCCAGCAAGAGAGAGACACGGUAAAACAUGAUGAUGAUUCUGAGAGUGUAAAAGAUGUCCCGUCUGAUGCAAGCCAGCAAGAGAGAGACACAGUAAAACAUGAAGAUGAUUCUGAGAGUGUUAAAGAUGUCCCUUCUGAUGCAAGCCAGCAAGAGAGAGACACGGCGAAACAUGAAGAUGUUUCUGAGAGUGUAAAAGAUGUCCCGUCUGAUGCAAGCCAGCAAGAGAGAGACACGGUAAAACAUGAAGAUGAUUCUGAGAGUGUAAAAGAUGUCCCGUCUGAUGCAAGCCAGCAAGAGAGAGACACGGAGAAACAUGAUGAUGAUUCUGAGAGUGUAAAAGAUGCCCCGUCUGAUGCAAGCCAGCAAGAGAGAGACACGGUAAAACAUGAAGAUGAUUCUGAGAGUGUGAAAGAUGUCCCGUCUGACGCAAGCCAACAAGAGAUAGACACGGUAAAACAGGAAGAUGAUUCUGAGAGUGUAAAAGAUGUCCCUUCUGAUGCAAGCCAGCAAGAGAGAGACACAGUAAAACAUGAAGAUGAUUCUGAGAGUGUAAAAGAUGUCCCUUCUGAUGCAAGCCAGCAAGAGAGAGACACAGUAAAACAUGAAGAUGAUUCUGAGAGUGUAAAAGAUGUCCCUUCUGAUGCAAGCCAGCAAGAGAGAGACACGGUUAAACAGGAAGAUGUUUCUCAGAGUGUAAAAGAUGUCCCUCCUGAUGCAAGCCAGCAAGAGAGAGACACGGUUAAACAGGAAGAUGUUUCUCAGAGUGUAAAAGAUGUCCCUUCUGAUGCAAGCCAGCAAGAGAGAGACACGGACAACCAUGAAGAUAAUUCUGAGAGUGUAAAAGAUGUCCCGUCUGAUACAAGCCAGCAAGAGAGAGACACGGUUAAACAUGAAGAUGAUUCUGAGAGUUUAAGAGAUGUCCCUUCUGAUGCAAGUCAGCAAGAGAGAGACACGGUGAAACAGGAAGAUGAUUCUGAGAGUGUCAAAGAUGUCCCGUCUGAUGCAAGCCAGCAAGAGAGAGACACGGUUAAACAGGAAGAUGAUUAUGAGAGUGUAAAAGAUGUCCCGUCUGAUGUAAGCCAGCAAGAGAGAGACACGGAGAAACAUGAAGAUGAUUCUGAGAGUGUAAAAGAUGUCCCGUCUGAUGCAAGCCAGCAAAAGAGAGACACGGAGAAACAUGAUGAUGAAUCUGAGAGUGUAAAAUAUGUCCCGUCUGAUGCAAGCCAGCAAGAGAGAGACACGGAGAAACAUGAAGAUGAUUCUGAGAGUGUAAGAGAUGUCCCUUCUGAUGCAAGCCAGCAAGAGAGAGACACGGUUAAACAGGAAGAUGAUUAUGAGAGUGUAAAAGAUGUCCCGUCUGAUGCAAGCCAGCAAGAGAGAGACACGGAGAAACAUGAAGAUGAUUCUGAGAGUGUAAGAGAUGUCCCUUCUGAUGCAAGCCAGCAAGAGAGAGACACGGUGAAACAGGAAGAUGAUUCUGAGAGUGUAAAAGAUGUCCCGUCUGAUACAAGCCAGCAAAAGAGAGACACGGUAAAACAUGAAGAUGAUUUUGAGAGUGUCAAAGAUGUCCUGUCUGAUGCAAGCCAGCAAGAGAGAGACACGGUAAAACAUGAAGAUGAUUCUGAGAGUGUAAAAGAUGUCCCUUCUGAUACAAGCCAGCAAGAGAGAGAUGCGGCAAAACAGGAAGAUAAUUCUGAGAGUGUAAAAGAUGUCCCGUCUGAUGCAAGCCAGCAAGAGAGAGACACGGCAAAACAGGAAGAUGAUUUUGAGAGUGUAAAAGAUGUCCCUUCUGAUGCAAGUCAGCAAGAGAGAGACACGGUAAAACAUGAAGAUGAUUCUGAGAGUGUAAAAGAUGUCCCUUCUGAUACAAGCCAGCAAGAGAGAGAUGCGGCAAAACAGGAAGAUAAUUCUGAGAGUGUAAAAGAUGUCCCGUCUGAUGCAAGCCAGCAAGAGAGAGACACGGCAAAACAGGAAGAUGAUUUUGAGAGUGUAAAAGAUGUCCCUUCUGAUGCAAGUCAGCAAGAGAGAGACACGGCAAAACAGGAAGAUGAUUCUGAGAGUGUAAAAGAUGUUCCGUCUGAUGCAAGUCAGCAAGAGAGAGACACGGUUAAACAGGAAGAUGAUUCUGAGAGUGUAAAAGAUGUCCCUUCUGAUGCAAGCCAGCAAGAGCAAGGGAUGGUGAAACGUGAAGAUCACGAUCCUCACAGUGAGAAAGAUACAUUUGUUUCAAGUGCAAAUCAACAAGAGCAAGAUACAUUGAAAAAAGAAUACGACCAUUAUAGGGGGGAAGAUCCAACUUCUAGUGCAGGUCAACAAAAGCCAGAGAUAAUAAAACCUAAUGCUGAAAAACAUGACCCUUUUAAUGUAAUUGAGCUAGAUGCCUCUUAUAAUGCAAACCAACAAGAGCGAGACACACUGCACCAUGAAGAUGAUGAUUCCCAAAGUGCGAAAGAUACACCUUCUCCUUGUGCGAAUCGACAAGAGCCAGAUCCAGUGAAAUAUGAAGGUGAUUCUCAUGGGGGGAGAGAUAUAUCAUCUAAUGUGAGCCAACAAGAGAGAGGGACCUUGAAACAUGAUGAUGAUCGUCCUCAUAGCACGGACGAUACGCCGCCUUCUGAAAUGAUUGAGCAAGUACAAGGUCAAUUGAGAGUGGAACCCAAAGAUGCAAGCGUGUCAUCUGGAAAAGUCUUCGCUGCAACAGAAGCUUCAAAGUUAGAGCCAACUCCUUUGCCAUUGAAUGACAGUUUACUUGAUACCGGUGAUACGAAAGAAAAGCCAUUAGAUCAGAGCCUAUUUCAAGAGGUGCCAGUGCAGGCAGCUUGUCAAAUUGAAGAGAAGCUUACGCCUCUUGAAGGUGACCUUUCCAAGAAUGCCACCGCUAAAGAUAUACAGCAGGAGGGCGGCAGCAACAACGUGGACAUCGUCAUUGGCAAAGAGGCUUUGCCCGAGCCCCACUCGGCAAGGGAUGGUCGUUGUGAACGAGAAGAUGUGACACACGAUGAAGGCUCCGUCAUUGACCUGGAGCAAGUCCUGGAGGUGCGGCAACAAGAGUGUUCACAGAAGCUGAGCGACCUGGAGUCCUGGCUGGAUGAAGCAUCCAGUGGCCUCUCCAACCAGGAUAACCUCCACGAACUCAACGAUCUGCAACAACAACAGCUGCAGCACCAGAUGCUGCAGAGGGACCUGGCGACCCGCGCCGGCGAGAUGGAGGAGAUGGUGCGCAACACGCAGCGCUUCCUCGACGAGAACCGCGAGCGGCUCGACCCCGAGUUCGUGGCCGCCGUGGAGAAGAAACUCGCCGGCGCCAAGAGCAAACUAGGCGAGCUGCAGGCCGAGGCCCAGGCCAAGCAGAGGCAGCUCGAUGCCUCCGUGAGCACCGCCAUCAAGCAGAAGACCGAGAAGCUGGCCGCCGCAGAACAGCUGGAAGAAAACAAGGACAAGAUCGAUCAGCUCCUUGGGUGGCUCUCAUCUCUGGAGGAACCCCAGGAUGAGGUGGACAGCCGCAGUGCCAUUUCGGAACACGAUGCGAUGAAGGCCUACCACCAGCAGGUGCUUGCACAGCAGCAGGGCUUCCUCAUCGCGGCGCAGCAGUCCCAGGCUUUCCUGGACAAGCACGGCGCCUCCCUGCCUCCCGAUGAGCGCGAGAAGCUGGAGCGCAACCUGGCCAACCUGCGCGACCGCUUCGAGGCCACGCUGGCGCUCGCCGACGGCAAGUGGCGCCUGGUGCAGGAGAUGCAGGACGACGCGGGCAAGUUCGGCGGCGAAUGCGACGAGUUCGAGGGCUGGCUCGACCAGGCCGAGGGCGACAUGGGGGAGCUGGGACGAUCGGCCGCCGACCCCGAGUCGCUGCGGAGCGUGCGGCGGAGGCACGGCAGCUUCUCGGACGACGUGGUGUCGCACAAGGGCGACCUGCGCUACCUCAGCCGCUCGGGCCAGAAGGUGCUGGGCGCGAUCAAGGCGUACGAGGAGCUGUGCGCCAAGGUCACCGACGGGCCCUCGGGACCCAGCUUCAACACGGACGCGAUCGCCGUCACCAUCAAAGACAGGCUUCAGCAGGUCAACGGGCGGUUCGGCACUCUGCGCGCACAGUGCGAUGACCUUGGAAGCCAGCUGGUGGACAGACAGGAAAAGUACAAGCACUACCAGGAGGCAUCGUCAGAGCUGGUGCCCUGGCUGCAGCAGGCUGAGCUCGCGGCCGACAAGCUGAAGUCCGACCCCGUGGCCGCCACCGCCGAUGGCCUGCAGAGGCAGCUGGAGGAAGCAAAGAAACUGAAGGAAGAUGUGACGGCUCACAAGACCGCCAUGCAGAGAUUCACUCGAGCAACGGAGGCGCUUCUCGCGACGACUGGCGAGCCGCUCACAAACCAGCAGGAAAUUCAAAACACACUGGACGACGCGACGAGGAGGUAUGAGGAGCUGUCGCGCUCGUCAGCCGAGCACGGGGAGCGCCUGGAGGCGGCCCUGGAGCAGUCGGUGAGCCUGCAGGACGGCCUGGAGAAGAUGCUGCAGUGGCUCGAGGAGGCCGAGAGGCAGGUGGAGGAAGAGGCCAGCGGCCCCGUCACAUCCCACUCCGUGCGGCAGAUGAUGACCGACAAUGAGUCACUGCAAGAGGAGCUGAAGCGCAAGCGUGGCCGCAUGGCGUCCAUGCGCGAGAAAAUCGAGGGCCUGCUCGCCACGGCCGACCCCGUGACCGCCGCCGACCUGAAGGAGAAGCUGCGGCGCCUGGAGGAGAGAUUUGAGACGCUGGACGGCCGGUGCCAGGACAAGGACGCCAACCUGGGCGGCUUGGCGGAGAAGAUGGAGGUGGUGGAGAGAGCCACCGAACGGAUGGGCUCCCUCAUGGCUCCGGGAGAGAAGGGCUUCAACAUGGUGGAUGGAGGGGGAGGCAUGGAUUUCUCCGAAAUGAGCCGGGAUGUGAAGUGGCGAAGCUCGGAGCUGUCGGCGGAAUCCGAGAAGAUGGAGGAGCUGCAGAAGCUGGCGAAGGAGCUCGCGGAGAUGGAACCGUCAGCCGCCAGGGACCAGAUGCUGGAGAAGAUUAACGGCAUCCUCGCAGAGUGGCACCAGCUCCAGGAGGAAGUCCGGGAGAGGGAGGCGAAGGUGGCGUCGUUCCAGCUGCAGCUGGACGACUUCCGUGUCCUGGUGGAAUCUCUGCGCCAGUGGCUCACGGAAACGGAGGGCAGAGUGCCGUCGGACGCGUCCACCGGCGCGGCGGAGAGCCUUCAGGAACAUGUGCAGCUCGUCCAGAGUCUCCUUGUGGAGUGGGAGGCUAAAGGCCCGAACGUGGAUGACGUCAAAAAGCAGGCCGAAGAACUGGAGAAGCUUCUUGCAACAAUGGUAUCCGCUGAUGCGGUAACAGAGAGCCAGGUCAAAUCAGGUUCUAUACCAAGUUCCUCACCUAGUGUAAAUGGUCACUCCACCAGUAAAGAGCUGGCCACGAUUCAGAGCGACGUGUCGGACGUGAGCGGGCGCUACGACGAGCUGGGCCACGCCCUGAGGGACAGGGAGCGAGCGGCCGCGUCGGCGCUGGAGAGGGUAGAGCAGGUGCGCGGCGAUGCCGACUCCCUCAUGGGCUGGCUGGCAGACAAGCUGCAGGACGUGUCCGGGUGGAGCGGCGCUCCCUCCGAGGGCAGUGCCAUCAAAUCUGAGGCCGAGCGCAACAAGCUACUACUCUCUGAGAUUGAAAACAACUUGCCCAAAGUGCAGGCUCUCAGACAGCAGCUACGGGAGCUCUUGGAGAAAAACCCAGACUCUCCCGAAGCGGACAAGUGGAGGAGCAUGCUGAAGGAACUUGAUGAUCAGUGGGCGGCAGUUCACCAGUCGGCGAGCGAGAGGCAGCAGCAGCUGGAGGAGUCGUGCGGCCUCCUGGAGACGUUCCGCUCACUCGAGUCCCAGCUGAGCCAGUGGCUGAUGGAGAAGCAGCUUAUGAUGAGCGUCCUGGGUCCCCUCUCCAUCGAUCCCAAUAUGCUGGCCAACCAGAAACAGCAGGUCCAGUUCAUGCUCAAAGAGUUCGAGGCACGGCGGCCACAGUACGACCAACUCAACCAAGCGGCGCAAGGCAUUCUGGGCAAAGGGGGCGAGAACCGCGAAGCCAAUGAGCGCGUCGCGGAGCAGCACGCGGCCGUCAACGGCACCUGGGGCGACAUCACGGGCCAGCUGUCGAGCCGCUCGGACCGCAUCGACAAGGCCCUGGAGACGAGCGCGACGUACGCCGACGCGCUGCGGGAGCUCUCCGACAAAGUCUCGGACCUGGGCGCAAAGCUGAGCAAGCAGGGGCCGCUGAGCACCCAGCCCGAGGUGGUGAAGCGGCAGCUGGAGGAGGCGGGGGAGAUCGCCGGGGAGAUUGAGCUGCAGAAGGACCAGCUGGAGGAGGCCGAGUACCUGUGCCAGGAGCUCUCGGACCUGGUCCAGGAGCCGUAUCUCCAGACGGAGAUCCGGAGGAGGCUCGGUAGUGUCAUGGUACCUUUCAAAGAGCUGGAGGAAAGAGCAGGCGACCGGAUGAAUCAGCUGCAGACGGCGUUGGCCAGCUCCCAGCAGUUCCAGCAGAUGUUCGACGAGCUUCGUGGCUGGCUGGAUGAGCAACGUGGGGAGCAAGCCACCAUGCCCCCGAUAUCAGCCAAGAUAGACCAGCUGCAGGCCCAGCUGCAACAACAAAGUGACUUUCUGAAGUCCCUGAACCAGCACGCCGGCACCUACCAUGUAGUCGUGGCAGAGGGGGAGGCUCUGCUUCAGGCCACUCAGCCCGGGGCGGAGAAGACUGCCCUGCAGACGCAGCUUGCGUCCCUGAAGGAGCAUUGGGAGGACCUCAUGAAGCAAGCGGGAGACCGGCACCACAGGCUGCAGGAUGCCCUGAAGAAGGCACAGCAUUACAAGCAGCUGGCGGAUGAGCUAAGACCGUGGGUUGAGGACAGCGAGGGAAAACUGACAGCCAUUGACAAGGUGAGCAUUGAUCAGACAGAAGUCGACAGGCAGUUGGCAGGUGGGAAGGCCAUGAGGCAAGACGUGGAGAGGCGCCACAGCAUGCUGGAGGCGCUGAACACGGCAGCCGACAACUUAAUUGACUCCUGCCAAGUAGACGAGGAAAUGAUCCGGGAUGAGAAGGCCGAGCUCAACCAAAGGAUGGACAACUUGACGGAGAACGUCUUGCUUCGGGUCGAGGGCUUGGAGGAGAUGGCGCAGAGGCUCAAAGAGUUCCACGACUCGCAGAAAGACAUCCAGAAGAAGCUUGACGACGCCGGCCAGCAGAUUCGUUCGCACGACGCCAUGGGAAACCAGGCUUUCAACAACAAGCAGCUCGAGAAGAUGAAGGCAUACCACGAGGGCAUGGAAGCGCUGGCCCCACAGGUGGACUACAUGCACAACUUUGCCCUUGGCCUCGUGGCCGAUGCCUCCGAGGGCAGCGACACGUCUUCGGUCGUGCAGCUCGCCGAGGAGACGCGCAGCUCGUUCGACAGCGCCCUGGCCGGCAUCACCGAGCGCUGCAGCGUCUUGGACGGUCGGCUGCAGGGGGUGAACCGCUUCCAGGGCCACGUGAGGGAGCUCUUCACGUCGCUGACGGACCUGGACGAUGAGCUCGACACGAUGGGGCCAACAGCUCGCGAUGUAGACACGCUGCAGUGCCAGCUGGAAGACCUUGGCAGCAUCCAGGAAAAGCUACUGAACCUCCGCGAUGAAAUCAGGAAAGCCGGCGAAGGAUGCACUAAGAUGCAGGAGAAUGAAUCCGGGAUGGAUCUGCAGGGGGUCAAGAGGGAGGUGGAGACCCUGAAGAAGCAGAGCGGUCGGCUGGCCGACAGGACGGACGCACGGCAAGCGGAGUUGCAGGAGACGCUGGCCCAGGUGGAGGACUUCCACCGCAAGAUACAGGUGCUGAGCCAGCAGCUGCAGGCUGCCGAGGCCACCGAGGACGGACAGGGCCCGGUGGCUGCCGAGCUCGAGCUGAUCAACCAGCAGAUGGAGACCUUCCAGAGUUUCCAGAAGGGGGAGGUGGAGCCCUUGCAGGUGAGCGUGCAGGAGUUGAACACGCUGGGCCACGGCCUGGUGCAGAGCGCCGCCAAGUCGGUAGCAACGCAGGGCCUAGAGCACGAGCUGGAAGAGACCAACGCUUGCUGGAACACUCUCAACAAAAAGGUGGCCGAGCGAGCUGUGCAGUUGCAGAGGGCCCUGCUGCAUUGUGGGAAGUUCCAGGAUGCCCUGGAGUCCCUGCUGAGCUGGCUCGCCGACACAGAGGAGCUCAUAGCCAAUCAGAAGCCUCCCUCGGCUGAGUACAAGGUGGUCAAGGCUCAGAUCCAGGAGCAGAAGCUCCUGGCGCUGCUGUUGGACGACCGCAAGCACAGCAUCGAGGUCAUCCGCAAAGAGGGGCAGCAAAUCGCCGACUCGGCCGACGCUCCCGACAAGGAGAAGAUCCUCAAGCAGCUGUCCAGCCUGGGCCGCCGUUGGGAGGCCCUCACCUCCAAGGCCGAUGCCAGGCAGAAGCAGCUGGAGGGGAUUCUGGUGGUGGCUCAGCAGUUCCACGAGACGCUGGAGCCAUUGUCGGAGUGGCUGAGCGGCACGGAGAAGAAGCUGUCCAACCUGGAGCCCAUCGGCACUCAGGCCGUCAAGAUCCAGCAGCAAAUCAGUCAACACAAGUCUCUGGAGGAGGACGUCAACGCUCGGAGCAAACCACUGCACCAGCUGCUCGGCCUGGGCCAGGCCCUAAAGGCGUCGAGUGGCGGGGGCGAGCGCGAGGCCGUGCAGGUGCAGCUGGAGCAGGUGCAGGCUCGCUACCUGGAGACGGCCGAACGCGCCAGGCGCCGCGGGGAGCUGCUGGGCCAGGCGCUGGCGCACGCGCGACUCUUCGGAGACGAUGAGGUGGAGCUGCUCAAUUGGCUGGCCGAGGCGCAGGACCGGCUGGCCGACAUGUCCCCCAGCGAUCACCAGCCGGACGUGCUGCAGGCUCAGCAUGAUGAGCACCUGAGCCUUCACGAGGAGAUCGUCUCACGGAAGCAGACGGUCGACCAGGCGAUUAAGAACGGACAAAACCUUCUCAAGCAAACCACAGGCGAUGAGAUUCUCACCAUCCAGGAGAAGUUGGACGGCAUAAAGUCUCGCUACGCCGAGAUCACGGGCAGCAGCACACGUGCCCUCAAGACGCUCGAAAAGGCCCUGCACCUUGCCACCAAGUUCCACGGCACCCACCGGGAGCUCAACGAAUGGCUGGGCCAUGCCGAGAGCGAGAUGGCUACCUGCGACACGCGCCUGGCCGUGGGCGAGCAGCUCACCGCGAUGCAGGACCGCGUCAACACGCUGCACAAGGACGUGAUGGAGCGGCGGCUGACGCUCGACACGGUGAACGAGGUGAGCAGCGCCCUGCUCGAGCUGGUGCCGUGGCGCGCCCGCGAGGGCCUGGACCGCCUUGUGGCCGACGACAACGCGCGCUACCGCGUCGUGAGUGACGCCGUCGCGCGCAAGACGGACGAGCUGGACGCCGCCGUCCAGCGCUCGCAGCAGUUCGAGCAGACGGCCGACAACGAGCUGGCGUGGGUCGCGGAGACGGAGCGCAAGCUGCGCGCGCUCGGCGACGUCAGCCUCGAGCAGGACACCACCACGUCGCAGCUGCAAGUCCAGAAGGCGUUCACCAUCGACAUUCUUAGACACAAGGACUCCAUUGACCAGUUGGUGAAGACUGGCGAUGAGCUGAAAGUCUCAUGCAGUGAAGAGGAGAAAGCUGCCAUGGAGAGCAAGCUCGCGUCCCUGCUGGAGCGUUACGACGUGGUGAGCCGGCUGAACACCGCGCGCCUCAGCCAGUUGGAGCGCGCCCAGCUGCUGUCCACCCAGUUCUGGGAGACCUACGAGGAGCUCAUGCCCUGGCUGGUCGAGACCAGAGAGUCGCUCGGCCACCUGCCCCCGCCCUCCAUCGAGCAGGAGACCCUGCGGCAGCAGCAGGAGGAGCUGCGGCAAUUGCGGGAGUCCAUCGCGGAGCACAAGCCGUACGUGGACAAGCUGAAGAAGAUCGGUCCGCAGCUGGAGGAGCUGAGCCUGUCGGAGGGGCCGGCGCUGCGCGAGAAGUACACGGGCGCCGAGCGGCUGUUCGAGGCGAUCCGCGAGGACGUGCGGCUGCGAGCGCUCGGCCUGGAUGAGGCCUUGUCCCAGUCGUCGCAGUUUCACGACAAGAUGGACGUGAUGCUGGAAGGCCUGGGCAGGAUCAUCGAGCGGCUGCGAAUGCCGCCACCCAUUCCGGCCGAGGCAGAGAAGAUCAAGGAGCAGCUCGCGGAGAACAAGAACAUCGCUCUGGAGCUGGAGAAGCUCCAGCCAAUGUUCAACCUCCUCAAGGAGAGCGGCGAAGAGCUCGUGGGCCUCUCCGGGGGCGCCGAGAAGGAGCUCAAUGCUAAAGCCAUCAAGGACAAGCUGGGCCAGAUGCUGUCGCUGUGGGAGGAGAUCCAGUCUCGCUCGGAGGAGCGGGAGAACCGUCUCCUGGACGUGCUGGAUCUGGCUGAGCGCUUCUGGACCGACCUGGGCACCAUGCUGGCCACUCUGAAGGAGACGCGCGAGUACAUGCAGGACCUGGAGGAGCUGGGCGUGGACCCGUCGCUCAUCAAGCAGCAGGAGGAGUACAUGCUGGCUAACAAGAAUGACAUCGAUGGAUUCCAAGAGGACCUUGAGAUUCUGAGGUAUCUGGGAACAAAUCUGAUAUCGGCUUGCGGAGAACCGGACAAGCCUGAAGUAAAGAAGAGCAUCGAUGAGAUGAAUUCUUCCUGGGAUCGGCUGAACAAAUGCUGGAAGGACCGCAUGGACAAAUUGGAGGAGGCUAUGAAGACGGCCAUGCAAUACCAGGAUGCAUUGCAGAGCAUGUUCGACUGGGUGGAGAACGCCACCACGGAGAUGGAAAACCUGCCGCCGGUCGGAACCGACCUGGAGACGGUCAAGCGGCAGAUGGAGGAUCUCAAGCAACUGAAAACCGAGAGCUACCAACAGCAGAUCGAGAUGGAGCGUCUGAGCCACCAGGGCGAGCUGAUGCUCAAGAGGGUGAAGGAGGAGGAGAACCGCAUGGUGAUCGCGGGGCCGCUCCGCGACCUCAAGGAGCAGUGGGAGACCCUCGACACCAAAAUACUCAGCAGACAGCACAAGAUGGAGGCGGCGCUGCUGGCCCUGGGGCAGUUCCAGCACGCGCUGGACGAGCUGCUCACCUGGCUGGAGCACACCGAGGGCCUCCUGGAGGAGCAGAAACCCGUCGCCAACGAACCCAAGGCCAUCGAGAUCGAGCUGGCCAAACACCACGUGCUGCGUAACGACGUGCUGGCGCACCAGUCGACGGUGGGCACAGUGCAGCGCGCCGGCCAGGACCUCGUGCUCUCGAGCUCCGGUGCCGAGGCCAGCGGCCUGCAGGGUCGGCUCGACGACCUCGCCGCGCGCUGGGAGAGCGUGCUGAGCUGCACCGAGCAGCGGCAGGCCCAGCUGGAGGGCUCCCUGCGCAAGGCCCAGGGCUUUCAGGGUGAGAUGGAUGGGCUCCUGCAGUGGCUGUCCGACAUGGAGAACCAGCUGAGUGACACAAAGCCGGUCGGGGGCCUUCCCGAGACUGCCAAGGAGCAGCUCAGUACUCACAUGGAGAUGUGCGAGGAGUACCAGGUCAAGCACGGGCUGUACACCAAGGUGCUGGAGCAGUGUCAGCGGAUGCAGAAUGAGCAAUCUGGUGAACCCACGUUGAAGUACGGCAUUCAGGACCUGGAGCACAAGUGGAAGAUCGUCGGCAACAAGCUGAACGAGAGAAGGGCCAAGUUGGAGACCGCUCUGAAAACGGCGAUUGAAUUCCACAACUCUCUGCAAGAUUUCAUCGGCUGGCUGACGCAGAUGGAGAACAACCUGAACACACUAUCGCCAGCCAGCCUCAUCCUGGACUCUGUUCUGUUUCAGAUCGAUGAGCACAAGAUGCUCGCGAACGAAGUGAACACGCAUCGGGAGCAGAUCAUCGAGCUGGACAAGACGGGCACGCACCUCAAGUACUUCAGCCAGAAGCAGGACGUGGCGCUCAUCAAGAACCUGCUGCUGAGCGUGCAGGCGCGCUGGGAGCACAUCAUGCAAUCCACGCUGGAGCGUGGCCGCUCGCUCGAUGACGCUCGCAAGCGAGCCAAGCAGUUUCACGAGUCCUGGACUAAACUCAUGGACUGGCUGGAGGGGGCAGAGAAAGGACUCGACCAUGAGCUGGACUGUGGCAACGACCCGGAGCGGAUUAAACUCAUGCUUGGCCGGCACAAGGACAUACAAAAAUCCCUGGGAGCCAAGCAGCCCAUUUACGACUCAACAACGCGCACCGGCCGCACGCUCAAGGAGCGCGCCACGCUGGUGGACGACGACCAGCGGCUCGACAACAUGCUGAGCGAGCUGCGUGACAAGUGGGAUACGAUCUGCGGCAAGUCCGUCGAGAGGCAGCACAAGCUGGAGGAGGCUCUGCUCUUCUCCGGCCAGUUUGCCGAGGCGCUGCAGGUGCUCAUUGACUGGCUGUACAAGGUGGAGCCUCACCUGGCUGAGGACCAGCCGGUGCAUGGCGACGUAGCGCUCGUUAUGACCCUCAUCGACGCCCACAAGGUGUUCCAAAGGGAGCUGGGCAAGCGUGCGAGCAGCGUGAACGCCCUGAAGCGCUCAGCACGCGACCUCCUGGACAGCAGCAAGAGCGACGCGUCGUGGGUGCGUGCCCAGAUGGCGGAGCUGAGCGCGCGCUGGGACACGGUCUGCAAGCUCUCGGUCAGCAAGCAGGCUCGUCUCGACGACGCGCUCAAGCAGGCGGAGGUGUUCCGGACACUCGUGCAAAGCAUCAUGGAUGUUCUGGCGGAGGCUGAGAAGACGCUGCGGUUCCACGGGACGCUGCCCGAUGACGAGGACUCCCUGAGGCUCCUCAUCGCCCAACACAAGGAGUUCACGGAGAGGUUGGAAGCUCAGCGCUCGGAGGUGAUCAGGGCCGUUUCCAUGGGAGAAGCCAUCCUGGCAGUCUGCCACCCGGACUCUGCAUCCGCCAUAAAGCAGUGGAUCAACAUCAUUCGCACCCGCUUUGAGGAGGUGAUGACGUGGGCCCGGCAGCACCAGACGCGGCUGGAGGCCGCCCUCUCGGAGCUCGUGUCCAACUCGCAGCUCCUCGAGGAGAUGCUCGCCUGGCUGCAGAAAGCGCAGGAGAUGCUGGCGCAGAGAGACCAGGAGACCCUCCCUGAGCAGAUCGAGUCUCUGCACUAUCUCAUCUCGGAGCACCAGGGCUUUAUGGAGGAGAUGAUGAGCAAGCAGCCAGAGAUGGAGCAGAUGACAAAGUCUUACAAGCGCAAACCUUCAGAAUCUCAUGCACUGUUCGACAGAACUCGUGGGAGUACUCGAAAGCGUGGAGGGUCCCAGUCGACCGCUCCAGCGUCGCCCUCCCAGCCCCUGGAGACCAAGAACCCCCGCAUCACGCUGCUCUUCAACCGUUGGCGGCAGGUCUGGCUCGUGGCGCUGGAGAGGCAGCGGAAGCUGCAGGACGCGCUGGAGAGACUCCAGGAGCUGAAGGAGUUUGAAAACUUUGACUUUGACGUCUGGCGGAAGCGGUACAUGCAGUGGAUGAACCACAAAAAGUCCCGUGUCAUGGACUUUUUCCGGAGAAUGGAUAAAGAUCAAGACGGCAAGAUUACCCGACAAGAAUUUAUCGAUGGAAUCCUGUCCUCCAGGUUUCCAACCAAUCGCCUGGAAAUGACAGCAGUGGCAGAUAUCUUUGACAGGGAUGGCGAUGGCUACAUCGACUAUUAUGAGUUCAUUGCUGCCUUGCAUCCGAACAAAGAUGCUUACAGGCCCAUCACCGAUGCAGACAAGAUUGAGGACGAGGUGACCAGACAGGUUGCUGCCUGCAAGUGUACCAGGAGAUUCCAGGUGGAGCAGAUUGGUGAAAACAAGUACCGAUUCUACCUUGGGAAUCAGUUCGGCGACUCGCAGCAGCUGCGCCUGGUGCGCAUCUUGCGUAGCACCGUGAUGGUGCGCGUCGGUGGAGGCUGGAUGGCUCUCGACGAAUUUCUGGUGAAGAACGACCCCUGCCGAGAGCAAAUCAACUGGAUGUGGCACUUUAUCAAAGUUCACCACCACGGGAAUAAAAUGCUGCGGUCGGAGUCAAACUCUUCAAUAACCACUCAGUCUGCCAUAGCGAAGGGUCGAACCAACCUGGAGCUCCGUGAGAAGUUCAUCCUACCCGAGGGAGCCAGCCAGUCCAUGACGCCCUUCAGGAUGCGAGGGAAGCGCUCCCGCCCGUCUUCCCGCACGGCCUCGCCGACGCGCGCUGGAUUCGCGCACUCUCACGGCCACGGGCACGCCUACACCCCAACGCACAACAGCGGCAGCUGCGCAACGCCGCCCUCCUCGGGCUCCUCCAAUACCCCCAGCACGCCCAGGCAACCUUCAGCUUUGAGCCUUAGCCGCAAUUAUGACAAGCCUUGGCUUGUCAACAGCAAAACCUCAACGCCAGCAAGGCCAAUUGGCCAAGACUGUGAGAGUCCACCCUUCGAGGUCACUCCUGUGCAGGGCAGCAGACUCCGGCCUCCGGGUUACCUGUCUGGCAAAAGCCUUCACACCGGCGACGACAGCCUGACGUCAGACUCUGCCUCCGAAACGCACCCACCGUGCACGCUAGCCGAUUCAAGCCGGUCCCCCAGUCGGACGAGCAGCGCGCUGGGCAGCCGCACGGGCAGCCGCCGCGGCAGCGAGUCGUCCGAGUUGGACGCUUCGGAGCGCUCCAUCCUGCAGUCGGACAGCGAGCCACGGCCCGCCUCACGCACGGGCGCCCGGCAAACGCCCAAGGGCUCCAAGAUCCCCACCACCAACUCGGCCACCAAGCUCGGCGGCCCAGCGUCCUCCUCCGCCUCAUCGGCCAGCAAAGGCGCGCGCAGAUAGUGACCGGGGCGGCACCUGGGCCUCCCAACCCCCCCGCCCCGCCCGCCACCUCCGCCGUCGCUAGACGAGAGCUGAAAGAGAUGUAAAUUAUUUGUGUAAGAAUAAAGGAGAAAACAAAUAAAAUAUAUAAUAAUGGAGCUUGCAACGCAGCAGCAGCAAAAGUGACCUUUGUUUUAUGCUACGGAUGGCCUUACUUAUGUAAUUUGUGCGUUUUACAAGGAGGUACUUUGUGAACGAAUGUCCAUAAUAAUUGUUCAUCUUCAUUGUUGUCGCCGUCGUUGAUAAUGUUUAGAAAUAGCUCACCUCUUCACCUCUAAUCUUGCUUUGCACGGGAGAUGUGUCAGAAUUGGAUGGCCUGUUUUUGAUUGUUUGUAAGGAGACAAGCUUUCGGGGCUCCGUGGAGCUCUAUCCAUCUUUGUCACUUUUUUUUUAAGUUGUCUUCGGAGCAUAAAUUAUGUGUGACGAAGGCUGCCGAAGAACUUUAUAUGCACGAACAAUGCUAUCCAUUAUUGUCAAACACUAUGAGGAUACCUCAGUAGAAGGUGAACUGAAACUGCUAAGCAUUGCAUGGCUCACACUAACGGAACACUAGGUAUUAAACGUACACUAGGAUAUUAAAAGAAAACUGAAAUAUCUUCAAAGGGAUAUUUAACAUUGAAGACUGGAAUUUCGAGAAGCUUGACUUUGUUUAAAAUGAGAUUAACCGAACUAACUUGGCUGAAAAAGCAAAAGCGUAUGAAAGCACUAUUUCCCCCCCCCCCCCCCCCCACUCGUUUAUAUCGGAUGUACGGAAAUGAAAUGAACAACAAAUCAAGCCAUUUCUAGCUUCAAAUAAAAAAAAUGGAUUUCUUUGCCAGAUUUUUCUGUUUCACCCAAGUUUAAACACUACAUUAGCAGUUCAACAAAUUUUGUUUUGUACAAAAGCAGAUGCGCUUGCAAUAAAAGAAGCUUGAACAGUUAUCCCGAAUAUUUUGUAUUUGAUUUUUGCUUCAUUUCGUGUUCAUGGUCAACAAAUAUUUGUAUUCGGUGUUACAGACGUCAAACACAUAGAUAUGCCAUGCUUUGAUAUAUUUCACGAACAUUUGCUGCUAAAUUCUGAUCAACGAUAAUGGUCACAACAUUUGCAAUGCUGUUUAUGUAUAAUUAAUUGAAAAACGAUGGUAUUAUAUGGGCACCUGUAUAGGUCUCGAAGUGUAUGGGUGACAUUUUCAUUAAGGUUGCGAUAGUCAUGUUUGCGAGAUUUAAUGAAUUAUAACUUUCUUGCUCCAUUGAUGGCUAACAUUGUAAUAGCAAUGUUUCAAAUAAAUUGCUUGGUCAUGCUGCAAGAGUACAUGUGCUAAAUACGAAAGAAAAAUUCUGCUAUUCUAAAAAGUUACAUAAGAGUAAUGUUUUGCUUUUUUUUAAGCAGAAAAUCUUUGGAUGAAAAGACACUCAAAGAUCUAUCAAUUAUGUACUCCACUUUUAAUUCAUUAUCCCUUAUAACACGUAUACACAUCCAAUCAAAUGUAUUAUUUUUUUUAGCAGAAAAGUCUAUACAUCACGUGAACAAGUUCCUUUUUGCUGCUGCCUUACAUUUAUGCCAGGGCUGUCCAAUUUGCCCCGUGGGCCAGAAUGAAUCUCGUCUAAUGCAGCCCGCGGCGUUACUCAAAUUACCAUUUAAAAAUGGCGCCCGCCACGUGUUUUUAAUCACGAUGAUAACAUUUACUGCGCACAACUCUGUGGACUAAUUACUUGGACGGUCUUGGUCAGAAUAGAGCAGUGCUUCUUAACCUUUACUGCAGCCUUUGCACCCCUUUGGUUCCCAAUCGUACACAAAAAUGUGUAACGUUAAUAAAUGCAUCGGUGGGAUGAAACAAA